AAUCCAAGCAGAUAGAUUUGUGCUCACACAGUUGGUUUUGCUGUGACUGAACUUUGCUAAAUUAUUGCCAUACGCUGGUCAAAGUGGUAACAGUUGGACGACAGAUUUCUAAAUUUUCGAAAAGUAUCGAGCACCAAAACAACGCAGGUUUUGGUCGUGAUAAGUGUUGGAGCAUGAGUUUUGAAGUGGCAAAAUUAAAAUUUGCAAUUCUAUAAUUAGCAAGUCGGUUUCAAUGUUUGAAAGGGAUUUCCUUUUAAGGAAUUCGCAUUUAAGUUGGUGAAUGCAGGUUUUUGGCUUGGCCUAGUCAACAUCAUACAGAAAUAAAAAGGUUGUGCAGUGUUUCUUGUGCUAAAAGUAACCAUCAACUAAUUAAAUUGAAAAGUGGAAUAUGAAUUAAGUUUCGAAGGUUCCGUUUUGCAUUUGUACAUAUUCUACCAUCAGCUACAAAUAUGUAAAUACACAAUCAGCCUACAGCAAUAUGAUAUGUACUUGUAGCAUGGUUGAUCAUUGGACACUCCUUGCAAUGCAAUGCAGUAUCAAAACUUGAGAAAUAUGAGGGUUUAGCAUUGAGAUUGUGGUUGUAGAUUUAUUUGUGUACUUUUACACCGAAGAAGAACCAUUAUAACUUGGUUGUGAACUACCAUUAAAUAAAACUGUUUGGAAUGAAGGCGAAGUCAAUAGUUGGACGAUUAAUUAUCGCACAUCACGUAUCUGCAUGAAAUUGGAAUAGAGAUGAGCUUUCGCAUGCAUAGAUUUUGGUAUGUGUGGAAUCACUCUCAGUCUUCACUUGGAGAUGAAUUGGUGAAGUGAAGCUUGUCUGUCUUGUGCCGGAACUCUCAUUAUUAUUGCAAGAUUUCAACGUGUGAUAACGAACGUUCCAUGCAAACUUUUCCAUGCAAUAUCCAGCAAGCACAAGUACCUGGCACAGCAUGCAUUCUCGCUCGUAUUGAAGCAUCCGGACCGAAUAUCGGAUUUUAUCGGAUUAAUCGCAUAUUUGUGUACAAAUUCCGAGUGCACAGCAGUGAAUAGCGGUUAACUUGUUUCAAGUGUGGUAAUUUUAUUCAGUGUUUGUUUAAUAUCACGGGCAUGUCAUCCAUUUGAGCGUUUAAAAUGUCUAUCUACCAUUUUGUGCGCGGCCCUCGGCUGUUUAUUCAAGCUGCCAGGGAAGAUGCAGAUCCUGAUGCCGUCAAUCAGAAUCCGGAUGACGAAAUGCUGGAAUACGGUCGGGAUAUUGGUGGCGAAGGUUCUGAUGUACAACGAGUGCAAACACAACGAAUAUUUAACACCGAAUCUCACUCAUCUGCCUCGGCCACAAACCGUGUUGCUCGAAAAGGUGGUUUAAAGUCGGUGACACGAAAAAUCAUACGGAAAACAACAACUCUAACUCGAGGCGAGCAGAGGACGGUGACAGAAAGCUUGGUCACCCUUACAGGAAAAGACGGGAAAGAAGUACUCGUUUCAGAGCAAGUGGUCAGAACCCCAUGGACGGACGAAGACGACGUAGAUGAUAAUGGUAUCAGGGGGACGCAUAACAGUGGUGGUAGUGGAAGUAGCACCCGGGGUGGUGGUGGUAACACCAGGCUUCGGUCUACCAAAACUGAGGUGUUUACCUCCACCAACAAUGCUUCUUAUUCGAACGGUCACAAAAGUAGGAAACAUGGCAUAGAUGAGGCUUCUUCGAAGAAGAUCUCCGAAAUUGUCGUUGGGAUGGAAGAAAAUGUGUCGGCCAAAGAAGCACUACUGGCAUGGGCUAAAAAAUCAACUGCCAAAUACCCAGGAGUGCGAGUUGGCGAUUUCACAAAAUCAUGGAAGGAUGGUCUUGCCUUUUGCGCAUUAUUGAACAGGAACAGACCCGACCUCAUUGAUUGGAGAAGUGUCACCCGUCGAAGUGCUCGCGAAAGACUCGAAACUGCCUUCAAUGUUGCCGAACGAGAUUGUGGAGUUGUCAAACUAUUAGAUCCUGAAGACGUUGAUACCAAUGAGCCUGAUGAAAAAUCCAUCAUCACAUACAUCUCGUCACUUUACGACGCUUUUCCUGAACCGCCCAGACUCCAUCCACUUUACGACACUGAGUCUCAAAAGAAAUGGGAAGAAUACAGAGAAAUUGCAACCUCUCUGUACACGUGGAUCCGACAAAAUGUGAACAACAUGCAAGACCGUCAUUUUUCUACCUCUCUCAUUGAAAUGAGAAAAAUGGCUGCUGAAAUGAACCGUUUUCGAGUUGAAGAAGUUCCAUCGCGCGGUCACGAUAAACAACGAUUAGCUCACCUUUUCCGGGAUGCUGAAAAACAUUUCCGGGAUGGAGAACUGGAUCGUGAGCUACACAUGGAAAACAUCGAACGACAAUGGCAGUUGCUCAUGCUGGCCCAUCAAGAAAAAGAUCAAGCGAUCCACGAAGAGAUUAAGAAGCUGGAAAAAUUGCAACGUCUGGCUGAAAAAAUUCACCGGGAAGGGAAACAAGUCGAGAUUCGACUUGAUGAAAUUGAGCAACGAAUUGAUGAGGAAGCCAGACGGAUUGAUCGGCUGCACCCCUUGGACGCCAAGCAUAAUUGUGAUCAACUUGAGCGAGACAUGCAAAUGACAGAGGACACCAUCAAGUCAAUGUUCACGGACACUCAAACAUUAAAAGACGCCAGAUUUCAUCAAGCAUCUGAAGUUCAAAAGAUGGUGCAACAUCUUCACCAGAGGUGGAUAAGCAUUCGAUCCCUGCUUCACAAUCGCCUACUUUCUGUUUUGGCAUCAAUUUCGUUUCCAAUUGAAGAGAAAUCAGUAACUCGCACAUCAAAGACGGUGAUGGAAACCAGAUUAGUGGAGACUAACCAACAUUUCCGCACCUUGCAAGAAGUUGGUGAUUGGAUUAAACAAAAGCAAAAAUCAUUACAUGACAGCGAUUUCGGAAGUGAUUUACCAUCCGUGCAAGCAGAGCUUGAAAAACAACUACGAGAACAUAGAACAAUCGAAAAGUUUCAAUCCAGCGUGGAUAAAUGUUCAACUUCCAAGAGCUCAUUUCAUGGCGAGGAACUUCAGUUGUACAUCAACUACCUGAAUACGAUACAAAAGUCGUACUCGGAAUUGUUAAUGUCUUCUAGAAAACGUCAAUCUGAUCUGGAAACUUUGAGCGAUUUUGUUCAAAGCGCAACUAAUGAGCUUAUGUGGUUAAGUGAAAAAGAAGAACGCGAAAUAACAAGAGAUUGGAGUUCCAAGAACAUCAACCUUGUCGAAGUGGAGCAGUAUUAUGAGUCACUAAUGUGUGAACUUGAGAAGCGUGAAAUCCAAUUCAACGCUGUUCAGGAUAGAGGGGAAUCUCUAGUGCUGCAACACCACCCCGCUUCCAAAUGCAUCGAAACUUACAUGUCUGCUAUGCAAACCCAAUGGGCAUGGCUGUUGCAAUUAACCAUUUGUUUGGAAACUCAUUUGAAACAUGUCGCAACUUACCAACAAUAUUUCUCUGACAUCCGCGAAUGCGAACAGACCGUCGCGAGGAAAGAGGAAAUGUUGAACACCGUUUAUAGUAAAUCCGAGUUUAGUCUCGAUGAAGGUGAAAUGCUGUUGAAAGAAAUGCAAGACAUGAGAGAAGAUUUGACCAAGUAUGGCGAUAUUAUUACUUCUGUGUCAAAUCAGAGUCGAGAUAUAAUUCCAUUGAAGCAACGAAAAACAAAUGUGUCGAGACCAAUAAUUGUGACUGCAAUUUGCAAUUAUAAACAAAAUAACCAACAAAUGGUGAUCAAUAAGGAUGAGCGAUGCACAUUGACCGACAACAGCCAGAGAGUCCGUUGGAGAAUAACCAACUCUUCUGGAUUGGAGGGCAUGGUUCCCGGCGUUUGUUUUGUAAUUCCACCUCCAGAUAACGAGGCUUUAGACGCUGCCGACAGACUUCGACGGCAAUAUGAUAGAACGGUCACAAUGUGGCAAAAGAAGCAACUGAAGAUGCGCCAAAACAUGAUAUUUGCAACGAUUAAAGUUGUCAAAAGCUGGGACCUGUCGCAGUUUUUGGCAAUGGGGGCGGAACAAAGAAAUGCAAUUAGGAAAGCUUUAAAUGAGGAUGCAGAGAAGUUGAUCCAAGAAGGUGACCCUAGUGAUCCAGCUUUACGAAGAUUGCGUAGGGAGAUUGACGAGGUCAAUCGACUCUUUGAUGAAUUCGAAAGGAAAGCAAUGGAAUCAGAGAAAACCAAAACUGCUAGCAAAAAUUUUACUGAACAAGUUACAAUAUUGCAUCAAGAUUUAGAAGAUCUGGAACGAAAUAUCGUAUCUCGUGCUAAUGCACCAAUACCGAAAGAUGUGGACAGUCUUUCAAGAUUGGUGGUUGAGCACAGAGAGUUCGAAAUGAAAAUCCACACUUUUGAGUCCAGAGUUCAAACUAUGCAACGAAAUUAUGCCACAAUGCCUCAGAAAACUGCUUCAGUUCAAGCCAAGGUGGAGAAAGUUGUGGAGAAAUGGGAAAGAGUGUGGAGUUUGUCAAAUCUUUAUGUAGAACGAUUAAAGUCUGUCGAAAUUGUCUUGAAUUCGAUGGAAGAAACAAAGACGCACGUAUCACAGUUCGAAAUGAAGCUCGCGUCCUAUGAAAACUUACCUACAGAUGAUGAUGGAAUUAAGAGAGUCUCCAACGAUCUGUACAAUCUUCAAAAUACUGCUCAAGCUCACCAACACACUGUCGACAGAAUGGUUGACAAUACGAAAAUCGUUCGUCAAAAAGUUGAAAAGUCGAGGCCUUCACAAAAAAGACAUACUGAUAUUGAGAAACUCGAAGACGAGGUUCAUCGUGUUUCAUCUCGCUGGACGAGCACUUGUUCAGAAAUUGUUGAGCGAAUCAAUACCGUUCAAAUUACCAGCGAACAUGCUUCAAGGUACAACACCUCGUACAGCAAGGAAAUGAAUUGGCUCGACAGUGUCGAUUCGAAAACUAAAAGUCUUCCCUUGGUGGAAGGUAGUGGGGCAAAAAGGAAAAUUAAUCCUCACAUGACGUUAUAUAACAGUGUCAUUGAAGAAAAAAUUACUAUCGAACAAGUAAAUACAAUGGGUGCUCGCCUCGCUAAAGAAGCCAAGAGAUAUGAUUCCAUUGUGGACACCUAUCGUGAAACUAUGGAAGAAACACACCCUAGUUUAAACGCCAAUCUAGUCAAAAAAGCCAAAGUCCAGUCAGCGGAGGAAGUUAUUUUCCGAGAACUCGAUCUAUUGAAUCUCAAGUACCAACUCACAGUAGACAACCUUUAUCACCGUCUUCAACAACUUGCAAUAAUAUACAGGCAAGUAGUCGCAACGCAAGAAGAUACAUCCUUCGAGAUGCCAAUUGUACCUGCUCCUAGUCCAAUAAAAACUUAUCGUAUUCAUGCUCAACGUGAAGCUACCAGUCCACUCAACGACCUUCUUCAAUCUGAGGACACUGUUGACUUUGUUCAGCAAAAGUCCUCUGCAAACAUUACCCUAACUCCUGCAAAGGGUCCUACCACUAAAAAGUUGUCCGUCAUGGGAGUUAAGAAUGGGAAUGGCCACACGAACGGGGAGAAGGAAGGGUCUGGCGAUGGGAUGUUGGGUGGUGCUAGUCUCAGAUUUACAGAAAUCCGGUCUGCAAAGAUCAUAGAAAAAGUGGAAGAAGGAAUCUCAACCGAAACUACCACCGUUUAUGGGAUAAUUGACCCAUCAACGGGAGAUUCACUAACCUUAUCUCAAGCGAUUGGUUGCGGGCUUGUUGACAUUAAAACUGGUGAAUUUGUUGACCCCAGAACUAACAAACGAAUCACUUUGCAAGAAGCCACAGAGCUGGGUUACAUAGAGUCGGGAAUUUUACACAAACUCAUGGGAUUGUGUGGCCUCGUCGAUCCUCAAACUGGAGAAGAACUAACAUUUUUAGAAGCAAUUAGGAAAGGGUACUAUGAUCUCAGUAAAGGUGUAUUUAUUCACCCACAAACUGGGGAACCAAUUACCACAGAACAAGCCAUUCGAUUAGGAUUAAGCACAAAACACAAGGAAUCUAUGCCUGGUGGUAGUAUUUCUGCGACGUGUGAUAGGCCUUUCCUUCCUUCUGACUAUUUUCCUGUUUCUACUACACUUGUUGGUGAGCAACAUACUUCAGAUAUAAGCACCGAUGCACAUGUGAUCGCGCCAUCGUCAAUCAGGUCAUCUGACAUGAUUGGGAAUCCAAUCAGCUUGGAUCUUUCGUUGUCAAGUGAUGUAUUAAUUAGUGUCCCUCCUCCCACAACCCACCAAAACCCUACAUUAACACAAUUAGUGCAAGCAGGUGGGGUAAUAGACCCCAAAACUGGAGUAAUUAAUGUUGGAAAACUAAAAGAAAUGUCUGAAAACGUCACCACCGAAGAGAAAACGGUGCAUUUGACUGAAGCUGUUGAACAAGGACUGAUAUCUGUGCAGACAGCAGAACACUCGUCACCCGCAGGACACGGGCUCUCUGAACUAUUUGAACAAGAUCUUGUAUCCCUCAUCUCAACAAAUCCAAAUGACGGUGAUGACAAUGUACCUCAAGUCAAAAUUCUGGACAGAUUUUCUGGGAAACAACUUUCCCUUGAGGAAUCUAUCCAUGCAGGGAUUUUAAACCCAUUCGUCACAGAAGUUUAUCACCCGGAAGAAAAGAAACGAAUAACAGUUGUGGAAGCUAUUAACGAUGAAAUUAUAGAUCCGGAAACGGGAGUUUGGAAUAAAAGUGAACCCCUCUCCUCAGCUUAUUCAAGUCAGCUCAUCAGAAAACCAAUUAGUUUAAAGGAUGCUUGCGAUAGCGAUUUAGUCAAGGAAUAUUAUCUUGGAGAGAGCACGACUGAGGUGGCUUUCAGCUCAAUCAUAGACCCAAUAACAAGAGUAGAUCAAACAAUCCUGGAAUCAAUGGCUGCAGGAAAUCUCGAUGUUACUAGCAAAACAGUUACAGAUUCAAGUACAGAAAAGUUGGUCAGCUUGGAAGAAGCUUUGGCAAAAGGAAUUAUUACCCCGAGUGGCAGUGUGGUUGUGGAUGCCAAAUUGGGUACACUUGUACCCUUGAAAGCAGCAUCAAAACAAGGCCUUUUGUCCACUGUCGUUAGAACCUCAAUUUUUGACAUUCCAUGUGUUACGGAUCCAACCGAAGCAAGUGUUCCAAUUUCCUUGACAGAGGCAUUAGAAAAACAAUUAAUUGAUCCGCACACCACGCCUCAAUCUAAUUCGCUUAAUAUCAGUUCCCAAAUUCUACCAAUCCUGAAUUCUCCAUCUGGUAUUUGGGAGAAGGAGGACCCUACUUCCCAGGUCCGAUCAGAAAUGUCCGUUUUAGAAGCGAUUACAAAACAAAAAUUACUGCCGAGUGGAAAAAUAUCAACUGGUGAAUCCGUCUCGCCCCCGAUUCCGAUCAACAUGGCUGUUGAGGAAGGAUUAUUGGAUCCGGAGAAAGCUGAAUUUUUGAAGGGGCUCUAUAGCAUUAAUUUAACCACUGCCAAUGUCACCACCACCGAAAAACACUUGGUUACAGUCCAUUCACAAGAAAUCAAAUCCACUUUUCAAUACAUGGAUGUGCCUGCGGUACCUGAACUUGUUUCCUCUUCUGAUGAAUACUCAUCAGUUGUAUCAUUGCAAACGCAACAACCUAUUACCGACGAGAUGACUAAAGUCAGGUCAAGCCCAUCGUCUCAGGAUCAAUUUCAGAGUGAAUUGCAAACUCAGAAACCCUCAUCCGAAGAAAAUGUGAUUGACAGGCGGCUUUUGAAAAUUCCAGCGGAUGGAUGGAGCUUGGAGGAUGCAUUGGGCAACCCUCUUUUUGACUCGAAUGCGGGUUUAUUCACCAUUCCAGGAACUGAUCGACAGAUGACAUUUGAAGAGUGCAUUCAUUUGAAAAUAAUUGACCCUACAUCGGCAGAAAUUGUAGACCAGAAAAGGAAAAGAAGAACCUCAAUUAUUCGAGGAAUUGAGAAACAAGUAAUAAAUUCGACAGGACACUAUCAAGGUCACACCCCUGACACCAAGAACCUUUCACUAGCCGACUCCAUCAGUCGGGGGUUGAUUCUGCUAAAGGUGGACCCCAAAAUCAGUACCACUACUACGGGGCCUGACCUUGCCAGUUCUGAUAAAACGGAACUUGUUGAAUCCACCUUGGAGAAUUUUCCGACAACAACUGGCACCCUACUCCCCAGUGAAAUAUCUCAAUCUCUAAGUCAGCAACACCCUGAUGAGCUUGUUAUUAAUGCCGUGCUGCAAGGUGAAGUGGAUCCCACGCUGGUGAUAAUUAAAGACAAGGAUGGAAAUAAUUUAACUGCGCAGGAAGCAAUUGAUCGAGGCCACUUGGACAAAAAUACUGGAUCGGUGAAAGUGGAUGGUCAGACAAUAAGUGUAAAAGAUGCAUUAAAACUUGGUGCUUUAGCCAUCGCAGCAGCUCCUGCUCUCGGAGUCAAGGCAGUUUAUGACUCGCUGGCAUCCAAAAUUGCUAAUGAAAAGGCUUGCCAAAAACAAGUUGAGCUUGGAUUAGUACAUGAUGAUGAUGAUCCUCGUGAAUCAGAGACGUCAGGAAUAGAAACGGCCUUGCAGCCAGAAAUUCUGACAAGCGCACACUCAUUAUUAUUAACGCAGUCCGACCCUAUGCAAAUCCAUAAAAUAAUCAAAUCUACAGAUAAGAUUGGUGUGGAAAAAAUUGGUGAGGAUCAGUUUGCUAAAUCAGAACAACAACCUGAAACAGUUGAACGCGUUUUAUCAUCAGGAACUGCUACUCCUGCUGCUGGUGAACUGCUUCACCAAGAACCAGCUCCAACCGACAUCAGUGCUCCAGCGAGCAGCGAAGGUUCUUCCCAACCGUCCUCGUGCCCCCUUCCUCCUCCCACCUUCGUGGAUUCAGUUCCUAUUGAAAAGUCCGAACCAUCAACUACCAGCAUGCCUUUGAAUAAUAGAAGCAGUAGUGAUGCGACUCAAGUUGGUGUUGUCAUAUCGGAGCAAGUUAUCCCACUCGAGUCCGUGUACACCACAACUACAACCACAACAACUACGACUGUCAUUAUUACAAAAAUAUCUCGUCACAAGGUUCCAAUUACAGAAUUGAUAUCCAGUGGAAUGGUUGAUUCUAAAACUGCAGCUAUUUUGUCGGCUCCUGAAAAUUUCAUCGGUCCGGACGGAAAGAAGAUUGAUCUCAAGGAAGCCAUCCAGUUGGGGAAAAUUGACGGGAACAGUGGAGCCAUACUGGACCCUGACUCUCAACAGUUGUUGACUAUUAACGAGGCUGUGAUAAAAAAUCUGCUUGAUGAUGAGGCCAAUGUGUUGCUUCCCGUGGGAAGAAGCGUCACGGUUCCAGAGCUCAAAAGUCAGGGCUUAUUCGACCCAAAAGAACAGAAAAUAAUUCACCCAGAAACAGGGGACAAUCUAACCAUGUCUGAAGCCAUUUCUUCUCAAGUGCUUUUCGGCCAAUCUGCCGUGACGGACCCAGUUUCUAAAAAGCGAAUGUCGCUCACGGACGCCCUCACGAAAAACAUUGUAUCGAACGAAACGGGAGGAGUCACUGGGAAAGAUGGCAAAGAGAUCCCCUUAAUUCAAGCCCUCGAAAGUGGCACAUAUGAAGAUAUGCCUCACCCAAUGGAAAACUACAUGAAUCCGGUGGCAAUGACAAUGCCCACAGCAGUAAUGUUGGGUCUGGUCGACCCUGAAAAGGGAACAAUGACAAACAUCAGCACGGGGGAGAAAACUUUGAUUUCACAAGCUGUUCAACAAGGGAAGAUUAUGAUGACCAGUCCUGAGGACAGUGAUCUUACUAAUUAUACAAUUCCACACCUCGCAGAUUCAAACCUCACCACUGACGAGAAAAUGCAAAGAGAAAUUCUUCUCGCGACAAAGGAGAAAGUUGUACUUUCUCCAGUGAUAGAGUCGUCAAUUCCGUCUCAUACCUCCACUCUGCCUGGCACAACGAACUUGUCUGUCAAGUUGAAAGAAUCACCCCCUAAAUCACCUCAGAAAAAGGUGGUAUCUCCCCCACCAUCACCACCGAUUGAAACGUUGUCCGCUACAGCAGUGGCUCAGUCUCUUGACCCUUCACUGCUCGUAAUUGAUCCACGAACCGGAAAAGAAGCGCCCCUUGGCAAUGUUCUGCAAGAAGGAGUGAAUCCUGAUGCAAUUCAAAUAACAAACCCUGCAUCCAGCGAAAGUAUAUCACUGAAGGAAGCAGUCGGAUUGGGAGUGCUUGCCGUUCUCGGAGCACCAUUGGCUGCUGGUGCUCUCAUUGCAGAUGCGAUUCAAGGCAAAAAUAAGGGGUCUAAGCAAGGCGGGGAACAAAUCCAGACCAUCCAAAUCAAAACGACAGCCACUAAACCUGCAAUAGAAACCGUAAAACAACAAGACGAUGAAGACUUGGGUGACGACGACGACGAUGAUGACUUUGGUCACAUGUCAAAACCAUUCCCACUUAACAUUGCUGUUGCGAAAGGAAAGUACAACCCAGAGACUGGACUUGUUCAUCUGGAGGACACUAACGAGUUUGUAGCAUUAGACGAAGCGAUCAAAAGGAAUGAGAUUGAUGCUCAUGCUCUAACUUGCAAAGACCCAAGAAACGAACAGUUGAUCACCCUGGAGAAAGCAAUAGAAACCGGGAUUAUGAACCCUAAAACUGGUCAUGUCGUGGAUCCUGUUACAGGAGCCAAUAUAUCGCUGGACGUGGCUCUCGAAUCUGGUCUACUCAUCAAACCAACAAAGAAAAUCUCGCUACCUGACGCCCUUUAUGGUGACAGAUAUGAUCCCGCCACCAACACGUUUGUCAACUCGAGUGGUGAAAGCGUCCCCUUAAAAUCUGCAAUCGACAAUAAAGAAAUAAAUUUGAACACAACAUUGGUGAAGAACUUUGCGACGGAAUCAGUUAUUCCGUUCAGAACGGCAAUGGCUGAAGAUAUUGUAGACGUCAACAGCGGAUUAGUGAAAAUCUCUCCUUCCGAAAUGGUCAAUAUUCGUGAUGCUAUUGAGACUGGGGUUAUUAUUGAAGUGCGGCAGCCACUUUCACUCUCAGAAAUGUUUAUGAAAGGGCUUCACACGGAUGGCAAAUCCCGUCCAUUUAUGCACCCAGUUACUGGAAAAUACAUUACUUUGGCUGAAGCAUUAUCGGAGAAAGUGAUCGACUCAGACUCUAUGCACGUUAAGGAUACAAGAGAAGGCUUUGCCAAGAAAAUGCCUCUGCAAGUUGCAAUUCAAGAAGGGUUUAUGUCUGGGGACGAUGGCAGUGUCCAAGAUUUUGGGAAAAAUGUCAAACUAAGCCUGACAGAAGCUGUUGAUAGCGGUUUAGUGAUUGAUAGCCGCCGCCCAAUCUCCCUUCAAAAAUGUUUACAUUUGGGUCUGUACUCUGAAGACAGCGGACGAAUGACGGAUCCAAACUCUGGAAAAUCUAUCACCUUACAUGAAGGGAUUCGACGACUUGUAGUCAACCCUAAUCUACCAUGUGUCUGGAAUGAAGAAGAGGCAAAAAUUCUCAGUUUGGUAGAAACCUGUCGCGUUGGAAUAAUUGAUCGACAAGAGGGUCUCUUCAACCUUUCCCUACCACAAACAACAACACAAGCAACAGAAGUGCCAUCAUUGGCAGCUGACGAAACGGGAGCCACAGUUCCCUUUCCUGAGAAGAUCAGCUUAGCACAGGCCUUGGAGGAGAAACAUAUUCUGGACAUUGAAAAACCUUUUGGGCUCUACCAAGCAUUAAAAAUUGGUUUGUACGAUAAAAAGACUGGAAAAUUUGUUCACCCGUCCACUGGAAAAUAUCUCACAUUAGAAGACUCGUGCAAAGAGGACCUCAUUGACCCCAACACAUCCGUCGUGAAAAGUUCCAUGGAUAGUAAAUUACUUCGAUUACCGGUUGCCGUGAAUUUGGGGGUUGUGGACCCCGUUGGUGGUCUUUUCAGACUUGGCGACUCUUCCCUUUCUUCGAAAUCCAAGGGCAUUCCACUCGACCAGGCAAGAAUAGAUGGUUAUGUGCUUACUACUGAUCGACCAUUGUCAAUUGUGGAUGCAGUUCAAGAGCAUCUGUAUAAUUCGAAGACGGGGAAGAUUGCGGACACUCUGCUUGGGGAAUGGUUGACUCCGAAAAAUGCUGUACAGCAGGGUUUAAUUGAUCCAAUGACAUCAGCGGUGCAAAACCUUCGUAAUCAGAACAUCAAAUCUCUUAAUGCUGCCAUAGAUGACGGAGACAUUGAAAACGAUCGUGGGUUAGUUACGGAUGCACGCAAUGGAAAACCCACAACUUUCAAUCGUGCAGUGGAACAAGGAAUCUUAGUGAAAGUUCCGAAGCCAAUAUCUUUCUCAAAAGCUAUUCAUUCCGACUUUAUUGAUCUCAAAAGGGGUACAUUCUGUGAUCCACGAACGUCAAUCACCUCACCACUUCAAAUUGCAAUAACUCAUGAAUUAAUUGAACCUGGAAGUGCGGUUGUGAAACACCCAGAAACGGAUGCAUAUAUAAAUCUCAGAGAAGCCACGCAAAUUGGACUUGUGAGCCUUAACCGAAGAGCUCUAAUUGAUCCUUCUACUCUCAAGCUUAAACCUCUCUGCAUUAUAUUCGACCAAGGAACGGUCGUAUUUUUAAGGGAAUCCGUGUCAUUUGAUGUCGCUCGUGACAAAGGGUUACUGAACUUGAAAACGGGGAAAUUUAUAGAUCCCAACGCAAGUGACACAUUGCCAAUGACCAUAAAAGAAGCCAUCGACAUUCAUGCAAUUAACCCCAACUCUGCUGUGAUCAAGGACACUUUAAAGAAACGUCUACUAAAGCUUUCAGAUGCAUUCAACGCAGCUCUUAUUGACCCCAACAGCUCAACUGUGAUUGACACUGCUACAAAUCACGCCAUUCCCCUGGAACAAGCCAUAGCUUCCGGUCUUUUACUUACCCCACGAAACCCCUUCGGACUUUUGGAGGCCUUAGACUUUUCCAUGUAUGACCCAGUCAGUGGGAAAUUUUCCGAUCCAUACACUGAAGCUGGUGAUUGUAAAUUGAGUUUGAAUCAGUGCAUUGCGAAAAACCUUAUUGAACAGAGUACCACAAUGGUGAAAGCACCAUCGAGUGGGAAAAUUCUUCCACUUAGUGAAGCCAUUGCUGCGAACAUUGUUGAUGGGGAGUCGGGGUACUUUUUAGACACUUCCACUGGUACUCGUCACAAUCUUUUGGACGCGUGGAAACGGGGAUGGUUGUUGCCGGCAGAGGCAAGGCUGGCUAUCGAAGCCCAGUACGCCCAAUGUGACGCUACCAUAAAUAACCUGACCAACUGGUUGAACGAUAUUGAGAGGAGACUGGCAAGUCAAGAGAGUCUGCGAGAAACUGUCGAAGAAAUAAAGAAGCAAACCAUGACCGUCAAACAAAUUCGAGAUGAUGUGGAGGAUCACAGUCAAAUGGUUUUAACUUGUCUGGAUCAAGUUAGACAUCUCGUGGCCACUGGUGGGGACGUCCUUUCCAGUGAAGAGAUCAAUACACUGGAGAAGAAUGGAAAGAUUUUGAAAACACGAUUCGAUUGCGUUUCAAAUUACUCUGAGAGUUUAUUCCGACAACUCACCACAGCUUCAGACGAACUGAAGAAAUACAAGGCCGAAGUUUCCACCUUCAAAACCUGGAUGGAUAAAUCAAUUCGAACCUUGGAAGAAAAGGAACGAAACCUGAGUAAUUUGAGCGCGAGUGGUCGCGACAACACAAAAGAAUUUGUCAGCGAUGUUAUUGCCCAUCAAGGCGACCUACGUUUUAUUACAAUGUCUGCUCAAAAGUUCAUUGAGGAAUCCAGAGAAUAUUUACAAACUCUAAACACAUUCCGUACAAAUUUACCCCAACGACUGCCUUACCUCGAGGUCAAAGAAUCGUCAAUUAAACAUGAAGUGACUCAAAUCACCACAGUGUAUCAAGAUCUGCUUGCUCGAGCAAAUCGUCUAUUUGAUAAGUUAUCUCAAUUGGGCAACAAACAAAAAGAUUUCCAAGAUGCACUCAACAAAGCCAUGGCCUGGCUGAAGGAAGUGACGCCUAGAGUGCAAAAGGUCUUGUCGGAACCAAUUGCUGGAGAGCCACGACUAGUGGAAGAUCAACUUAGUCGUGCGAAAGCAUUGCAGAGCGAAAUUCUUUCCAAUGGAAAACUUAUUGAAGCCGUUCGACAGGCUACAAAUAACUUGCUCAACAGUAUGGAAGAGUUGUCACCGAGUGAAAGAGAUGCUGUUGAACGAACAACAUCUGAGUUGGAAUCGAAAUAUAAAAACCUAUUGGAUGCUGUUGGGGACAAAAUUAAGGAUUUGGACACUGCUUUAGUUCAGAGCCAGGGUCUGCAAGACGCUGUUGAAGGAGUGUCCAACUGGCUAACACAAGCCGAGUACCAGUUAAAGAAUAUCAACAAGCCAGCCAGUCUUAUCCGGGAGCGGCUUGACGAACAAAUUAGAGAAGUUAAAAUGUUGCAAGCUGACAUCGACUCCCAUCGUCCUAGCAUCGAAAGUAUGGCAAGAUCUGCCGAUGAUUUAUUGCGUACUCGGAAUGCGACAGUCUCCAAGAAGGUGGAGGCCAAACUGAAGGAUGUACUUUCACGCUAUGAAAAACUUGUAGAAAAAUUGGUUCAGCGAUCUGUUUUCCUUCAUGAAGUAUCUACUCAUUUGGACAGCUUCUUAUUGAAUGCUAAUCACUUUGAAAAUUGGUUCAGCGAAAUGUUUGAAACUCUUGAAACUCGAUUGACCGGAGACGAUGCCAUGGCCAAAUUGGAUGAACUCAUGAGACGCAAAGAUAGCAAGAAACAUGAUUUCGAUGAAACAAUUUCAUCUGGAAAAUCUCUCGUGUCUAAAAAGGAUGUGACCGAUACCAGUCCCGUGAAAGAUAAGAUCAAAGCACUUGAAAAUCAAUGGCGAGACCUGACAGGUUCUCUUGAUGAAAAGAGCAAAUUGGGAAAGACCAGAGUUGAGGCUUUGAAUGCGUAUGAAAAGUUGAGAGACCAGGUCCAAAAAUGGUUGACGAGCAUGGAAAGUCGAGUGAAUAGUUUCCAAUCAGUUGCUGUUGAUGUCGAAUUGAUUAAGCAGCAAGAAAUCGAACUCAAACCACUUGUCAAAGAACAUCGGGAUUACAAUCCUACAAUUGACAAAGUCAACGAACUUGGCAACGCAUACGAUGCCCUAACAAGGGGUGAUCGAUCCGACAGUCCUCGUCGUAAAGUUUCCAGCCCUGUCAAGCGACCUAGCAUGCGAUCCACGGACACUCGAAGUCCCUCACCAUCUAAAACUCUUGGAGUGGACCGCAGUCCAAUGUCGCCCAGCGGAUCCAGUGGAUUUGGCAGUCGUCGAUCCAGUCAAGAAGGAUUCCUCAAUUUGGAAGAUUCCAGUCCAGUUCAACAACAGUUGAAUGAAAUUAAUCAUCGAUAUAAUUUGAUUGGUAUGAAAUUGACCGACAGACAAACUGAGCUUGAUUCCACGCGAGAGGAAGUCAGAAAAAUUGCGGACAACUUGAAGGCCUUGGCUCAAUUUCUGGAUAAAACUGAGCGCUCACUCCCCAAAGACGCCAUUCCACAAUCAAGGGACGAAGCUGACAAGAUGUUGAAGACAAUAAAAUCUAUAUUGGAGGAUAUGUAUGAUAAACAAGGAAUGCUGGACAAUACUAGAACGCUUAUCACCGACCUACUUCGACGAAAACCUAAUGUUCCCGGAGCUGAAUCAUUGAAGGACGCAUUUGAUGGAAUUAGCCAACGAUGGAAAGAUCUUCAAGACAAGUGCAAACGACGUGUUGGAUUCUUAGAACAUAUUAAGGAAUUCCAUGAUUCUCACGACAACUUACACGGGUGGUUGAAUGCCAAGGAUAAGAUGUUGGCCGUAUUGGGUCCGAUCUCAUCGGAUCCGCGCAUGGUACAAAGUCAAAUGCAACAAGUGCAAGUUAUGCGUGAUGAGUUCCGGAAUCAAAAGCCGAUCCUCGAUAGCUUUAAUAAUGCUGGGGACAAUAUUUUGACUCAAACAAGCCCUGACUCUCCAGACGGUCGCAAAAUAGAAGACAAAUUGGCUUCUAUCAACCAACGAUGGAAUGAUCUCUUGCACAAACUGGAUGAAAGAGAAGGCAAUUUAGAUGCUGCUUCAAAUGCUAGUCAAGAUUUCUUUAACAAUCUCAAUAAGUUGCAAGACAACCUUCACAAAAUCAGUGAUGAUCUGGAUGAUUUGAUUGCUGACAAGGGUGACCCAGAAGAAAUGCUCAAAAAGUUGGAAGCUAUCGAGAGAAACCUUAACAGUCAACGACCCAUUUUGGCUGACGUUGAGGCGGCAGGGGCCGAGCUAUGCGACAUAUUACAAGACCCAGGUGCAAAGGCUGACAUUAAGCAAAAAUUGGCUCAAGUUGGGCGAUUGUUCAACCAAUGUCAGAAGAAACUAGACAACUGCAAGGCCGAGUUGGAAAAUUCAAAGAAAGACGUCAUUGAUUUCAACGAUGCCUGUGAAGCUGCCCAAGACUGGCUUGCAGACAUGCUCUCCCACCUAUCAGACAAAUUGCUCGUCUCUGCAGAUCGAGAUAUUCUUCGGGGACAAGUUGGUGAAUUUGAACCAAUUUAUAAGCAAAUCAUGAGCAAGGAGCACGAGAUUAUAAUGACCCUGAAUAAGGGCAAAGAAUUGAUGGCUAAAAGUACCAGAAAACCAGAACAACGCACUAUUCAGACAAACAUGGAGAAAGUUCAGAAGGGAUGGGACAAGUUAAAGAAGGAAGCUGUGGAUAGACACAAUCGUCUGCAAACUUGCAAUGAACACUGUAAAAAAUAUGACAAGACUCGGGAACCCUUCCUCAACUGGCUCGCUGGGGCCGAAGACAAAUUCGAAAAGUUCCGACUAACAUCAUACAAGAAGCCUGACAUUGAUAAACUCUUGAAGGAAGUCAACGGCUUUAAAAAUGAUUUAUGGCGUCAUAGUGGCGAAUACGAGUCUACAAGAGGGUUUGGGGAAACUUUUGUUGGUGCUUGCGACAAGGACAAGGAUGGAGUAAAGAACGAACUUCAAGAAAUGAAACAACGAUGGGAAGCAUUGAACAAUGCAAUUCUUGCAAAAAUCCAGGAAUUGGAAGAUGCGGCUGCAAAGCUCAAUGCAUUUAACGAGGAUUGUAGGGAUCUAAAGAAUGCCCUAAACCGAUGUGACGAUAAACUUGCAUCACACGACUCUAUGGGAGAUGCUGCCAAAGACCCCAAACUACUCCAACGAAUCAAAGCCAUACAGGACGAAGUUCGAAAAUUGGAGAAACCAUUGGAUAAUGUGCGACAGCAAGGGGAAGGCCUUUCAAUUGAUGCAAACCGCAAUAAUUGUGACGAUGCUCACAUUAGAGAUGCGGUUGACGAUUUGAUGGAUAGAUUUGACAAUUUGAAUUCAAAAUUGGGCGACCGAUUCAAUCAAGCCGAAUCAGCACAAAGAGCUAUGGAAGAGUUUAAGAAUCUAAUGAAAGGCUUAAGUGCUGAUAUUGGCGAUUUAGAGAAUGAACUGAAUGCAAUGAAGCCCAUUGGACGCGACAUUCCAACUGUAAAAUCACAAAUUCAUGAAAUUGAAGUCUUCCGUGAGAAGUUAGAAGACAAGAAAGCAGAUUUAGCUGGCGCAGCAUCUGCACUUGAGGAACUUAUCAGACAAGGUGUUGCAGCAGAUCCUAAAGGCAUGAAAGAUCAAAUAGAUGGGCUUCGUAAGCUCUUGGCUAAAUUAGAAGAUAAAUCCAAACAACGCGAUUCCGAGCUGCAGAAAACACUAGCUAGACUGGAAGGAUUUUAUGAUCUGUACAAUAGCACGGACGACAUGAUUGAUGAUUUGAUUCAACAAGAAAAGUCGUUUAGCAAAACGGUAGGCGGUGAUGUUGCCAGCAUACGAGCUCAACAAGCCCAAUUUAAAGAAUUUCGAACGCGUUAUGUUGACGCUGUAGCGAAAAAGGUUGAAGAGUGCAACAAAACGGGACAAGGACUGAUCCAGUCUGCAUCCAGUGGGGUCAACACAUCCGGUCUUGAAAAAGAUUUGGAAAAAAUGAACGACAAAUGGAAUGCUCUGAAAGAAAGAAUCAAUGAGCAAGAACGCAAACUGGAUGUUGCACUGCUUCAAUCUGGCAAGUUUAAAGAAGCUUUAGAUGGUUUGGACAAAUGGUUAAGUGAAAUGGAAGACCUGGUAGCAAACCAAAAGCCACCCUCUGCAGAUGCUAAAGUGGUUAAAGCUCAACUUCAAGAACAAAAGUUUUUGAACAAAAUGUUGUUGGACCGACAACCGUCCGUCACAUCCUUGUUUCAAAUGGGCAAGGAAAUAGCUGCAAAUGCUGAUCCUGCUGAGAAACACGAAAUUGAGGGACAAAUGAAUAACAUGAAGGACAGAUAUGGCAACCUCUGUGACGGCGCAAGGGAUAGGCAGGGACUAUUAGAAGAUGUGAUGAAAGUAGCUAAGGCAUUCUUGGACAAAUUUGGACCUCUAUCCGACUGGCUAGAUAAGCAAGGCAAGAAGUUGAAGGACAUGUCUCUCAUUCCAACUGACGAAGACAAAAUCGCGAGAAGAAUAAAAGAACAUGAUGCCUUUCACGAUGGGCUGCUAAAAAAACAGCCAGACUUCAGUGAACUUGCGGAACUUGCACAAACACUUAUGAAUUUGGUGGGCGAUGAAGAUGCGGCUGGUGUUGCAGACAGUCUUCAAGAUCUAACUGAUCGAUAUGGCAGAUUGAUUGAAGAGUCGGAAGGUCUUGGUAAUCUGCUUCGUCAGGCUAAAGCAGGACUUCGAAACCUUGUUUUGUCAUAUGAAGAGCUGGUUGCUUGGAUGGACACUGUAGAGAAACGGCUUGCGAAGUACAAAGUGGUUGCCGUCCACAAGGAUAAACUUAUAGAGCAAAUGCAGCAGCUAGCAACAAUUACUGAGGAGAUUAAAGACCGAGAAAAACAGGUUGAUGACACCGUCGAAGCUGGUUUAGACCUCAUGAAGAACAUUUCCAAUGAUGAGGCGAUUCAACUGAAGGAUAAGUUGGAUUCUCUCCAGCGUCGUUUCCACAAUAUCACAACCAAGGCUGCAGAUCUGCUUAAAACUGCACAGGAAGCACUGCCAUUGGUAACUCAAUUCCACGAGUGUCACUUGAAUCUAUCAGACUGGAUGGCAGAAGCCGAAAACAUUCUAAAGGGCUUAGACAACUCAAAUCUUAUUGCACAAGAGAAAGUCAUUGUUCGACUGGAAGCUGAAAUUGUAGAACAACGAAAAGUUUUAGAGAUCAUUAACCUCGUAGGCCCACAGCUUUGUCAGCUUUCUCCAGGGGAAGGAGCGUCGACAAUUGAAGGGCUCGUCACUCGAGAUAAUCGCAGAUUCGAUGCAAUAUGCGAACAAGUUCAGCGAAGAGCAGAAAGAAUUCAAAUGGCGAAAGCGAGGAGUAUGGAAGUUCUUAGCGACAUUGAUGACUUGCUUGAUUGGUUCAGGGAAAUUGAAGGUCAAUUGCGCGAUGCGGAGAAACCUAGUUGUGAACCUGACGUUGUGAGAGUUCAACUGCAAGAACACCGGACCCUCAACGAUGAAAUUAACAGCCAGAAAGGUCGUGUUCGAGAAGUACUUGCUACUGCCAAGAAAGUUUUACGAGAAGCAACUCAAGGGGAGGAUACUGCUACUCUCAGAGAGAAAGCAGAAGAUCUUAAAGAGACGAUGGAGACGGUGUCCAAGCUUUCCAGCGACCGACUCAAUGCAUUGGAACAAGCACUCCCACUUGCUGAACACUUUUUUGACACGCACAUCGACUUGAACCAAUGGAUGGAUGCAAUGGAAGAUGAAAUAAGCAUUUUAGACACUCCAGCUUUGCGCCCUGAUCAAAUUGUGAAAUUGCAAGAAAAAACUCAAGCCUUCAUUCAGUCCUUAACUGAGCAUAAACCGUUGCUUGAUAAGCUCAACAAAACUGGAGGUGCGUUGAUUAAGUUGUGUAAUAAUGACGAUGCUGGAAAGGUGGAUGAAAUCAUGCAUGCGGACAAUGAGAGAUACAACGCUCUUCGCGUUGCACUGAGGGAUAAGCAACAGGCACUUGAGAAGGCUUUGCAGGAAACAAGUCAGUUCAAGGAUAAAUUGGAUGGCAUGUUGAACGCAUUAGAAAACACUGCUGAUCAAUGUAAAAACGCUGAACCAAUCUCUGCCCAUCCUGAGAAAAUAAGAGAUCAAAUCGGAGAUAAUGAUGCCAUCAUUGAUGACGUGAAGAAACGCGAAGACGCCUUCAAUUCGGUCAAAAAGCAAGCGGCUGACAUAAUAGAUAAAGCACCAAACAAGAACGAUCCUGCUGUUCGAGACAUUAAGCAAAAACUUGACAGACUGAAUAGUUUGUGGGAUCAGAUUCAAAAACUCACGAAACAACGUGGAAAGAACUUGGACGAAGCUCUGGCCCUAGCAGAAAAAUUCUGGGAACAGCUUCAAGCCAUCUUAGACAAACUUGAUAUUCUCUCAGAAACUUUAAAGAACCAAGAGCCUCCUGCUGUGGAACCGAAAGCUAUUCAGAAACAACAAGAGGCACUCAAAGAAAUCAAGAAAGAUAUUGAAAAAGUUAAGCCCGAAGUCAACAACUGUCGGCAGUCCGGACAAAAACUAUUACAAGUUGUAGGGGAGCAGGAUAAACCCGAGAUUUCAAAGAAUAUACACGAGCUAGAUGCGGCAUGGGAUAACAUUACUGCUUUGUUUGCAAAGCGAGAAGAAAAUCUUAUCGAUGCAAUGGAAAAGGCAAUGGAGUUCCAUGAGACGCUCCAGGAAUUGUUGCGUUUCCUCGACAAGGCUGAGGCCCGUCUAGCUGGUUUUGGCGUGAUUGGGGCUGAUAUUGAAGCCGUCAAGAAACAAAUCAAGGAACUAAAGGACUUCAAGGGAGACGUUGAUCCCAUGAUGGUGAAAGUUGAGGCAUUGAACAGGACAUUAAGGAGGCAAGCGCAAGAACUUACUGAAAGAACAUCUCCUGACCAAGCUGCCAAAAUCAAAGGACCUCUAGCACAAGUUAACAGGCGAUGGGAUGACCUGCUCAAGGGCAUUGUGGAUCGUCAACGAGAAUUAGAAAAUGCUCUCUUGAGACUUGGCCAGUUCCAGCAUGCUCUCAAUGAAUUGAUGGCAUGGAUGGAAAAAACAAACAAAAAUCUGGAUACACUAAAACCAGUAUAUGGUGACCCUCAAGUUAUUGAAAUAGAGUUAGCUAAACUCAAGGUUUUGGUCAAUGACAUCCAAGCCCAUCAAGUAUCAGUGGACACCUUAAAUGAUGCGGGCCGACAAAUAAUUGAGUCAGAACGUGGAUCGGACAAUGCUGCAAAAAUUCAACAAAAGCUUAAUGACAUGAAUAAAAAAUGGGCCGACCUGCAGAAGAAGGCUAACGACAGACAAAAAGAACUAGAGGAUGCCUUACGUGAGGCUCAGGCUUUUAACGCUGAAAUUCAAGAUUUAUUAAUGUGGCUGAAUGACGUGGAUGCUGCCCUUAACACAUCCAAACCGGUUGGUGGCUUACCAGAAACUGCACAAGAACAACUGAACCGAUUCAUGGAAAUUUUUAAUGAACUUGAAGCUAAUCGACCUAAAGUCGAAGCAAUCUUGCACCAAGGGCAAGAAUAUUUAAAGAAGUCCACUGAAGGCUCCGCUACCAAUCUGCAACACAAUCUUCGAACUCUGCGUCAACGUUGGGAGUCUGUAAUGAAUCGAGCCAACGACAAGAAGAUCAAGCUUGAAAUCGCCUUGAAAGAGGCAAUGGAGUUCCAUAAGGCUUGCCAAGAUUUCAUUGAUUGGUUGACUGAAGCAGAACGCUAUCUCACUGGAUUGGAGCCCGUGUCGCGUGUGCUGGACAAAGUUGUGGAACAAGUAGAAAGUCACAAGGAGUUCCAGAAAGAAGUCUCAGCACACAGGGAGGUGAUGCUGAACUUGGAAAAGAAAGGAAACCAUCUAAAAUACUUUAGCCAAAAGCAAGACGUCAUCCUCAUUAAGAACUUGCUCAUUUCUGUCCAACAUCGGUGGGACAGAGUUGUAUCAAAAUCCACCGAACGUGUUCGACUGCUGGAUCUUGGCUUCAAGGAGGCCAAGGAGUUCCACGAUUCAUGGACUUCUCUUAUGAACUGGUUGGACGAGGCUGACAAGAACCUGGAAGAAAUCACUGCCACCGCCGGUCAAAAUCCUGUGAAGAUUAAGCAAAUGCUGGCUAAACACAAAGAGUUCCAAAGGGCUUUGGCUGCGAAACAGCCUGCUUAUGAUUCAACCAUGAAGAACGGAAAAACCUUGAAGGACAAGGCUCCUAAACCCGAUGAACCAAUUCUUAGGCAGAUGCUAACAGAUUUGAAGAAUAAAUGGAAUGCAAUUUGCAACAAGAGUGUUGAGAAGCAGCGAAAUCUUGAGCAAGCCCUGCUUCGAUCAGGUCAAUUCAAGGACGCCCUGCAAGAGCUUUUAGACUGGCUGAAGGAUAUGGAUCGCCUCAUUGUUGACGAUGGGCCAGUUCAUGGUGAUUUAGACACAGUCACUGCCUUGAUUGACGCUCAUUCCAAAAUUGAAGAGGAAGUGAACAACAGACGAUCUCAAAUUAAUGAUAUUAUUCGAACGGCUGAAGAGAUGAUGGAAACAGCUCAGCCAGAUGAGAAGGCAAAGCUUCAAAGUCAAGUCAAAGAAAUUAAGACUUCCUACGAUAAGAUCAAAAAGAAAUGUGAGACGAGAUCUCGGCGUUUAGAGGAAGCACUUAAGGAGGCCGAGAAGCUCCAUAAAGCUGUUCAUAUGUUGCUGGAAUGGCUAUCUGAUGCCGAAAUGAAGUUAAGAUUUGCAGGUCAGCUACCUGAAGACGAGGAAACUACUAAACGUCUUUUGGAUGAACAAGAAGCAUUUAUGAAAGAACUCAAGUUGAAAGAACGAGAAAAAGAUGAGACGAUCGAACUUGCCAAGAGUAUUUUAGCCAAAGCCCACCCUGACGCUAUUCCUGUCAUCAAACACUGGAUUUCUAUCAUUCAAUCGCGUUGGGACGAAAUUUCAUCGUGGGCAGUACAACGUCAACAAAAACUUCAAGCUCACUUGAAUGCCCUGAGAGGAAUGGAAGAAAUGUUGGAAGAGUUGAUGGCAUGGCUCAAGAAAUGUGAGGAUACUUUGACUCAAUUGGAAGCUGAACCACUUCCGGACGACAUGGCUGAGAUAUUAGUUCUGAUUAAGGAACACAAAGGAUUUAUGGAAGGUAUGGCAUCACGACAGCCUGAGAUUGAUGCUGUUUGCAAGCCGAAAUUGGUCAGCAGACAACCCAUGGUUAAAGGAAAACCUGGACCUCGGCUUCGUAGCACAACACCAGGCGGCGAAAGUCGUGAAGCUUCACCUGAAUUGGAUUUCGCUCAACGUAGAUUAAGCGCUAAGACGGUUGGAGGAUCACGGGAGUCUACUCCCAUGUCAAGGAUGGAAAGUCCGGGCAGAGAAGACUUGUUCCCUCACAUUGGACCAAGAUUCGAUCGCAGAGGAAGCAAAGCCGUUGAGCCACAAAUCAAGAACCCACGCGUAAAAGCCUUGUGGGAUAAAUGGAAGGUGGUCUGGAUGAUGGCUUGGGAAAGACAAAGACGACUUCAAGAUAAGUUCAACUAUCUGCAAGAACUUGAAAAGGUUAAGAACUUUAGUUGGGAAGACUGGAGGAAACGCUUCCUACGAUUUAUGAACAACAAGAAAUCCCGAGUUAUGGAUUUGUUCCGGAAAAUUGACAAAAACAAUGACAAUCUCAUUCCUCGAGAAGAAUUUAUUGAUGCAAUUAUGAAGACAAAAUUCCCAACUUCCCGUCUCGAGAUGAAUGCCGUAGCGGACAUGUUUGACCAUGGAGAUCAUUUGAUUGAUUACAUGGAAUUCAUUGCUGCCCUUCGCGCCGACUGGGAGGACCGAAAGCCCAUGUCCGAAGGCGAUGUCAUUGAAGAUGAAAUCCAAAGACAAGUCAUGAAGUGUACUUGUCGUCAAAAGUUCCGUGUGUUCCAAGUUGGCGAAGGAAAGUACAGAUUUGGUGAAAGUCAAAAACUCAGACUAGUUCGAAUUCUAAGAAGUACCGUCAUGGUUCGUGUUGGUGGAGGAUGGGUGGCUUUGGACGAAUUCCUAGUUAAGAACGAUCCAUGCAGAGUGGUCCUGAUGGUUCCUGAAUUGAUGGGAUUAACAAUGGGGCACGAACAAAGUUGUCCGUCUUACGGAUAUGGAUCACCUUGUCGCAGUUGUAUAUCCAAGGGUCGAACCAACAUCGAGCUGCGUGAACAGUUUAUCUUAGCUGAUGGAGUCUCCCAAACUAUGACGGCGUUCAAAUCCAAGCCGAGUGGAAGCACGAUAUCAAGUGGGAACCGGUCAGCACAGUCACUCCCAGCAGCGGGUCCAAUCACAAAGGUGAAGGAGCGCAGUAUUCGAAGUGUUCCAAUGGGACAAAGAGCUAGAUCUACAGAUCGGACUACUCCAGAAAGCACAUACUCUGAUGACGGAUUCUCAUUAUCUCGACCUCCAAGACGAUCAUCAACUGGGCCUGGACGUGGUAGUCAACCGGGUAGUCGGUCUGGUAGCAAACCCCCGAGUCGUACUGGGUCCAACGCGUCGUUGGAUAGCACUGAUGAUUAUGGGACCCGUAUUCCCGUUCGUCGUUCGGCCAGUUUGAAACGAGGAACAUCCGGCAGUACAUUUGGUAGCAGAGGACCCUUGGCAACAUCCACCCCCUCCAGGCCUGCUUUCUCCCUGAGUACCAAUCUCAACGGAUCCCGUGGUCCAAGCACUGAGAGAGCACAUUCCUUUACCCGGCCAUCCAGUGCUACUCCUAUGAAACGCACUGGCUCAGCUUCCAGCAUCUCAUCACUAACUAACUCUGCUGGAAGACCGUCAAGAAUACCAUUGUAUGUCGGAGGAGAAACUGGUUCUGGUGAAAUCAGUUUGGAUAGAUCACGGACGCCUUCUAACAGUAACAUUCCGGUGGCAGUGUCUCAUCAGACUCCAAGAACGCCAUCCGGAGGAUCCAACGUAUCCUUCUCGCUGUCUGGAACUGCAGGCGCUGCUGCAACGUCGUCCACGUCUGCAACAACGGAAAGAGGACCCGGAGGAACUACACGAACCGCAACCUCCGACUCUGCCACUAAAUCAUCAUACUCAACACAGUCCAGGUCCAGCUUCCAAGAGGAGUAGACUCUCAUGUCAUGAUAACACUCAUCAACACCAUGUAUUUUAUCCGCAUAGAUUUUAUUCAUGUUGGAUUUAUACUUAUUUUACUGCCAUUCAAAGCCAACUAGGCGAGUGCAAUUAUUAAUGCAUUUGCUAUAUUUGACAUUUAUAUCGUUUUUUCAUAAUUAUAAGCCACAAGCAUUCACAAAUUCUCUCUUUUCUGUUGUAUGAAAAAAGGUGUAGCUCUUUACGAAGUGUCCAAUCGUUUUGGGAGACAUUUUUUUACCAAUAACGAGAUGAGAUUAUUUGUCUUUUCACAAACUCCUCCUUACAUAACUUCUACUGCUACUCUUAUUCAAAAUAAUAAUAUAAUAUUACGAGCAGUACACGUAUUCCUGUGAUUAACCGGUUUGUACCACUACAAAUUCAAUUGAUAAACGAUGUAUAGUUCUUCCUUCCUCUUUUGUAUUUUUGCUAACUAUACAAAUAACCAUUACUUGCGCCAAACUAAUUGUAUUAUUUCAAGUAUUGACUCUUAAUUUCGAGGUCUCACUCAUGCAAUUAUGAUAUCCAGUGUAUUAAGGAAUUUCAAAGUGAGAGUUUUAUAUUUCAAAUCGAUAUUGAUAUUGUGCCAUAAUAGCAUCUUUGUUACAUAUAAUUUUGGAAUAUGAAUACGCACAAUUAUUAAUUAUGCUCCAUUUAUGACAAGUUUUUGUAGUGUUCUUCUGAUUACAGUGUAAUUUUAGUAUGAAUGAGUUACCACUACUGUCUCCAUAAUUAUGUUAACAAGCGUAUUUCUGAAGGUUAUAGGUUACUGAUUUACAAGGGUGGUUGUGAUGACGCGUAACAAUUUGCCGUUGCAAAUAUCCCGUGAUAAAUAAUAAGAGUGUAGUGCCCGAUGCUGCUACUGCUCAUGCUAUACAUUUGGAUACCAAUUUUGUAACACGGCGCGAUUAUUAAUUAACGAAUUAACACUUGAUAAGAAUUGACACUAAAGCGAUUCUUCUACAGCUUAGUAUUUUAAACCAGAAGAUUGCUUAAUGUCGUAAUCGGGUUUCAUUUGUAAUAUUAUUCUACGAAUAAUUACCAUAUUACGAAUUAACUUGCACAAAUAUUUUCUAGGAUAAAACCAUAACAAUUGUACCAUUAAUUAUACUAGUUUGACUUCCAAAACCCCGCCCUUAUCGCUAGUUACGGUAACUCUAGCAUAGAAUAGAACCAUAAUUAUAUUUUGUAUUCACUAACAAAUAGUAACAAGAACUACAGUAAUACAUAAUACACUUUAAGAACAAUAAGAAAUAAGUACGGUGAAGCUGGAAAUUUGCAAUGUUGGAAGGAGUCACACUUCGGGAUAAGAAGGCACACAUCUAUUUUUGGGAACGAUGCGACAAACAAUUUUACUUUUUUGAUUCCAAUUUCAAUCAUUGUAAUUGUACAGCUUGCACAAAAUAUUUGAAAAAUUAAUAAAAAAGAGCUAAUAUUUUAAUAAUCGUAA